AUGGCCGGCUAUCGCUCGCUUCCGCUAGCACCGGUCACCGCCACCGCUGCCAUGGCAGCAGCCACAGUUGCGGCCGCAGCACCGCCGCCCAGUGCCGGCCCCACGAUGUAUCAUCACCAGUCGAUGACGGCUAUGUCGAAUAACGGUAUUAUCUAUCAAUCGGCGGUACACGCCUCCAUACACAGUUUGAAUACAGUACAAAAUCAACGUUCUACAACCACACAUCAUCACAUUCUAGCAACGGCGACUGCAACGGCAGCAGCGGUAGCGACCACAACAACACGCCAAUAUGGUGGAGGUGCUGCAGCAUUACAAGUGACAGCAGCAACAGCAUCGCCACCAACACCACCAGCGGAGCCGCCGUCGUUACCGCCUGCACCACCACCUUCUGCGUCGGCAAGUGGCGGCGCUCAAUCGGUGAUGUCAAUUGGCGCGAGCGCUGGUGCUACAGCUCAUCAUGCGUUGGCUUUGGCCCUGCCGCAACAUCACCCACAAACAGCCCACCUCCACCAACAACAACAGCAGCAACAGCAACUCCACCACCCGCUUUCACAUCCCCUGGCCCACCAUCACCAUCUGCACCACCAACAACAGCAACAGCAACAACAUUCGCUGCAACAACAGCAAACACAUCAUUCGAUGCAACAUCACCUGCAACAGCAUGCGUUCAAUGCGCCACAGCAUCACCAUCACCACCACCACCAUCAUCAUCAUCAACAGUUGGCGUUGCAUCAGAAUCAUUUGUAUUUCAGCGGUGCGGCAGUUGGUGGGCAUCAUGGGCAUCCGCAUCAUCAUCACCAUCAUCGGCAGAUCUUCAGUCAGAUGCAAGCGGCCAUAAUGCCACUGAAUAUUAAUGGCGAACCUAUCAAACUUCCAGACAAUUUGGAAAGCUUGCCAAGAGCUGACAGUUUCCCGUCACAGCGACAUCGGUGGAAUACAAAUGAGGAAAUCGCAGCAAUUCUUAUCAGCUUUGAUAAACACAAUGAGUGGCAGUCCAAGGAAGUCAAAACUCGACCGAAAAGCGGUUCGUUGCUGCUGUAUUCGCGUAAAAAGGUGCGCUAUCGACGCGAUGGCUAUUGCUGGAAGAAACGCAAGGAUGGCAAAACGACGCGCGAGGAUCAUAUGAAGCUAAAAGUGCAAGGAACAGAGUGCAUCUACGGCUGCUAUGUGCAUUCUGCUAUUCUGCCAACGUUUCAUCGCAGGUGCUACUGGUUGUUACAGAAUCCGGAUAUUGUUCUGGUUCACUACUUAAACGUUCCUUAUCCGGACGAUAAUAAAAUGGCUGUUAUUGCGCCGAGCAUCACACUUUGGGGCGAUAAGAAAGAGUGGACUAAGGACGAGCUUGUUAGCCAACUGAAACCUAUGUUAUCCACAGUUACUUCCGACGAUGAUUCCGAUUCUGGCAACGAUAUUGAAAUAUCGACCGCCGAGACCGUGGAAUCGCUAGUGUGUCAAUUGAUGGAGAAACAGCGUUUGUCGCGUCAAGCCGCUUUGGUCAAGCAGCUGGACUGCGGCUGCGGUGACGCCUCGUGUGCCGAUGGCAAAACCUGCUCACAUCCAGUUAUGCGGCGACCGACUCUGUUGAAAUCGGUUAGCGAGAAGCGUCUAAGUCUCGGCGAUGGCUAUGGUCAGGGAGCGAACGGCGGUACGCCGAAUGUUGUAGUUGGACAGAAGCUUUACUCGCGUUGGUCGGAGCGUCGUUUACGCGAUGCCAGCGAACAGCAGCCGCUGCAUCAUCAUCAGUAUCAGUCAACUCACCAUCUACAACAGCAGACUUUGCCGCAGGAGUCGGCGAUUAAAUUCCAAAUCAUUCCACCACAACACAACGAACAACAACAACAACAGGCUUCCUAUCAGCAGCAACAACAGCACUACCGACAGCUGGCUGCGCGCAACAAUAUGCUUUUGCAGCAACAGCAACAGCAGCAACAACAACAUCAUCAACAGCAACAACAACUGCACCAUCAGCAGCAAUCGAAUUUCAAUCAAACCUCAUCAACAAUUUCCAACAGCAAUCAUAACAAUCAAUUAAAUUUGCAACGAUUUGUAGCUAAUCACAGCACCAACCACAAUCACAAUAGCAACAACAAUAAUAUGAACGGCAGCAACAGCAGUAAUAAUGUCAGCAAUGGCAAUAAUAAUAAUUCACAUGUAAAUCAUCGCUUGCAAAUUGCAAAAACAACAAUAACAUCCACCUCGGCGGCUGCUGUUGCGGCAGUCAUCGAGCAGCAGGGCGGCGGCGGUGGUGGUGGUGGUAGCAUGGGCGCCGUGACGGCAGUGAAUGAGGGUGAACUAAUUGAAAAUCCCAACCAAAUGUCGACGAAUGCCCAACAAAGCAAUGCCCAUAACACCGUUAACCGCAACAGUAGUAAUGGCAGUGUUGGUGGUGGUGGUGGGGGUGGUGUUAGCGGUGGCAAUUGCAGUCAAUUAGUAUUGACACCUCACCAACAGCAGCAACAACAAACACAGAAUAUAAUAAAUAAUAAUAGCAAUUACAAUUUCAAUAAGCAUCAUCAGCAGCAGCAACAACAACAACAGCAGCAGCAACAGCAAAGUGAUGCUUUAUCAUCUUCCACUUCUUCCACACAGCAGCAAGAUUUCUACAACAGACUGCAGCAACAACAACAACAACAAAAACAGACAACGAAUGACAUAAAUAUGUCCUCCGUCAGCAACCCUGCCUCCCAAUCGCAAUCGCAACACCAGCAAAUGCAUCACCCUCAAGCGCACUCGCAACCCUCAAUGCACACAAACCAGCCACCACCACAACAACAGCAACAACAACAACAACAACAACAUUCACAACAAACACAGCAGCAACAACAACAAUCAGCAAGUACAACGACAUUGAAUAUUUCCUCGACGACAUUUGCAUCGUCAUCGCCGCCGUCAUCCACGUCGUUGUCGACAGUAGAACCAAUGUGCAUGUCACCGGAGCAUCAGCCUUCGACCCCAGUUAGCCCGACCACACUAGGUUUAAGUAGCAAUAGCGAUCCCUUGCUGCAACACCAACAGCAACACACACAAGCACAUGCAGCGUCUUCAUCGACGACGGCAUCUGCAUCACCCUCGGCCCAGCCGAUUAUGAAUGAUAAUGUGGGUCAUCAUAAACAAUCGGCCAUUGGCGAUGCAAUGACUGCCGAGACCACAAGAGUUGAUGAAAAUUUAAUUGGCGAACAUGCAAGUGGACUCAACGAACUGAAUGCGGCGACGGUGGAGCAUGGCGAUACGGUAGAGAUGUCGUCCGGCAGUGAUGUUAAACAAAUUACGAAUACUUCCAAAAAUAACAGCCACAACAAUUGUAACGGCAACAAUCAAGUAACAGAGUACAACAGCAACAGCACUACAGAAGGUUGUGUAAAUAUUGGUGCUUCCAACGAUGGUGCCACGGUAAACAAUGUACAACAACAACAACAGCAACAAGAAAAUUGUGAAACAGAACAACAACAGCAACAACAACAAACACAUGCAAUUGACUUUGAAUCACUGGAAUUGAGCAACAAUGGCAAUACCGUUAGUAGUCAGCAGCAGCAGCAGCAACAACAACAACAACGGCAACCAGCUUCACAUUCCACACACGAUUUAAACGAUUCACUGAGCUUCCUUAAUGAGACACUCGAUCUCUCGCAGGAAGACAUACAACGCACGCUCAUAGCGAAUAUGCCUUUCGGUGCGACGAAUCAGAAAAUGGCAGCCUCAGCUGCGGCGGCUGCAGCAGCAGCAGCAGCGGCAGCGGCUGUAGAGGCGCAAAUGCUAAGUUCCAUAGAUUUUUUGGGUGGUGAUUGCGCAGCUCAGAGUGACGAUGAGAUACACGUGCCCGGCGUUAGUUGCGAGGGGGACGAUGAGGAUGCUGACGAUGUGUUUGCCAAUUUGGAUGCAUUCGAUAUGUUAGUUGAAUUUCCCGAAUUGGACUUGGAUGAUAAAGAAGCGUUAUCCAAUACUGUGCAGCAGCAGCAGCAGCAGCAGCAGCAACAACACCAGCAACAACUACACGCUCAACAACAGGCUGCUAUACACAGUUCGUUAGACUCACAACACAACAGCAGCCAACUCCACUGCAACGCCGACUUGGAGGGUGGCAAAAAGUUACUAAACAUUUGUGAUUUCAGUCCUGAAUGGGCAUACACAGAGGGCGGCGUAAAGGUGCUCGUAGCUGGCCCAUGGACUGCAAACGCCACUUACACGCUGCUUUUCGAUGCGCAACCGGUACCCACGCAGCUAAUACAGGAAGGUGUCCUACGCUGCUACUGUCCACCGCACGAGGCCGGUUUCGCCACACUGCAGGUGUCCUGCAACAACUAUGUGAUCUCCGAUACGGUGCUGUUCGAGUACAAGACGACGUUGUGCAACGAAAUGCCCUUCGAUGCGCACACCAACGAUUGCCUGUACAAGUUCACGCUGCUCAAUCGGUUGGCAUUGAUAGACGAAAAGAUGCAGGUGAAAGCGGAGGCGUCAGUGACCCUGUUUGAGCAACAGACACUUUUGCUACAUAAGAACUUCGAAGAGCAGUUGGUGAGCUAUUGCCAACAGCUCAUGAAACGAGCUUGGCUAUUGAAUGGCAGCAACUGGAGUAGCGGCUUCAAAGGCAUGACUCUGUUGCAUUUCGCAGCGGCGCUUGGCUACUCCAAGUUGGUUUGUGCUUUGCUUAAUUGGCGCACCGAGAAUCCAAACAUCAUACUCGAGACUGAGAUUGAUGCGCUGAGUCAGGAUGUCUACGGUUAUACGCCGCUGGCUUGGGCUUGUGCACGAAAUCACGUGGAAAUGGCCACCAUACUGUACAAGUGGAAUCACAAUGCUUUGAAGAUCAAGGACAAUGUUCAGCAAACACCACUGGAUAUUGCUAACUUCAAGGGACAUAAAGCUCUCAUUUCGGAAAUCUGUCGUCUAGAAGAGGAACGCGUCAAACAAACUAAGAAGAGCACCUUUGGCAAUCUAUCGCUCAGUCUAAAUAAAUAUUCCCUAACUGAUAUUCACUCAAAAUCAUUGAACACCAACGAACAAUUAUACGAUGUCAAAGACAACGAACACGUUUUCACUACAUUCGACGCCCUGGAUAUGCAACGCAGUCAUGAUGGUGUAUUUUUGCGCCCCGUAGCUGUGGCAAGCAAUCAAAGUCCACCGAAUGCCAGUCGCUUUUCGAAACGCUCGUCCGUCGAUAGUGGAAUCAAUAUGGAUAUACGAACAAAGCCGGGCAAAUCCUUCAAGGACAUAACGCGCCUGCAAAGUUUUGAUGCGCAUGACAAUUUCAAUUUGGCCGUGGAGUCAUCUUUGGAUACGCUGGCCGCCACAAAUACAACGAAUUCCUUGCUGUCGCCAUCACGCAAAAUGGACUUUGCAUUGUGCGAGGUAUCAACUGGCGAUUCAAGUCCCUUACCCGACAAAGAUCACGAUGAUACAUCAACGAUCAAUAAUGAUGAUGUAAACGAUGUGACUAUAAGUAAUGAGAACGAUGCUAUUGUAGGGGACUCUGAUGCCAAAGUGCUCACCCUGGCAGAACACAUCAUCGCCGCUAUGCCGGAGCGUAUAAAGAAUGAAGCGGAUGAGAUGAUGGUGCUUGGCAGUCCGCUUACUGAACCGCUCAACUCAGAUUCGCCCAGCUUAAAUAAUGGUUUUAUGGAUCCACUCGAUUCGUUGCCGAAUACACACUUUGAGAGCUUCGAUUUCAACGAUCACAGUUACCGUUAUCAUGAUGUUAGCACACCUUGUUCGAGUCUGAGUCCUGCUAGUUCCGGACCAUUGCAGUCACCAGCCAGUUACUCCAUACUGGGCGCAGAUCCGUCUGUUAGCUCGCCAAGUCCACCACCCUCAACCAAACAGUUGACCGAAUUUUUGCAUGCCUCCAGCAGUAGCCAGUAUCCGUUUGAAGCAGAUUUCUCGAAGCUGACGUUGACAGACACCGAACAACGUGAAUUGUAUGAGGCUGCCAAAUGCAUACAGAAAGCAUAUCGCUCGUACAAGGGCCGCCAGAAGCUAGAGGAGCAGAAUAAGGAACGCACUGCCGCUAUAGUCAUACAGAAUUACUAUCGUCGUUAUAAGCAGUAUGCCUACUAUCGUCAAAUGACCAAUGCCGCUCUGGUCAUCCAGCACGGCUACCGUUCGUAUUGUCGCAAUAAACGUUUCAAGAAAUCACAAUCAUCCUCGAUGUCGACGGGCAUUGAAUUGUCUGCUGGCGAUAGUCAGAGCAGUCCCACUUCGCAGUGUCUAUCGAGUUUCUACGAUCACUUUCGCAACGAUCAGCAGCAGCAGCAACUCAACGAAUUCAAUUCACAGCCGAGCACACCAAAGGAGACGAGUCCAUCCGGCCCAUUAAAACGUACUUACUCACAAUCAACGCAAAAUCAAGCUGCCAGAAAAAUUCAACAGUUCAUGAGACAAUCACGGAUUAAACUGCAGAGAGAACGAGCCGAAAAAGAGAAGCUGGUGCACCAACGCAGGGCGGAAUACCUUCAAAGCUUGCAGUUUCAAGGACAACCGGAACUUGUCUGCCCAACCGAAAGAAAUGAAAUGGCUGCUGCGUCUACCACAAAUGAGCUUGUCAACCACAACAAUACGAACAACAACAGUAACAGUUGCAGUAAUGUUUUUGCCUUCAAUUUGAAUCUAUAACAACAAUGUAGAAGCAAAUAGGAUUAGAACCCAGUGAAAGCACUUUUGACAUGCGCAAGCUGAAUUCGAAUGUGAAAGCGCUUUACGCUUUUUAAAGUUUGUUGCGGGAAACAUACAUGAAAGUUAUUUUUAAAUGUGAAAGCUCUACUUAUAUGUGAAAGCUCCUUUGACUUAUGAAUGUUAUUUUUAAAUGUGGAAGCUCUACUUAUAUGUGAAAGCUUCU